AAACACAAGAAAAAAGAGUCAGAGCGAAGCAAGAAACCAUCGAAAAGGAAUAAAAAAACCGUUUUUUUUCUCUAUUUCUCUUCUCGAAUUCUGGGGAUUUGCUUCGAUUCGAUGUCGUCGGAUCAUCAGCAGUAUGUAAAGAUGCAAUCGGAGCCGGCGAUGGCGUCGUCGACCUCGUUCAGGAGCCAGCAGGCUGAGAAGGAGUGGAUUUUCGAUGAACUCCCCAAGGCCACCAUCGUUUCCGUCUCCCGGCCCGAUGCCAGCGACAUUAGCCCCAUGCUUCUCUCCUACACCAUCGAAUUUCAAUACAAUCAGUUUAAAUGGCGUUUAGUAAAGAAAGCAUCCCAAGUUUUCUAUCUUCAUUUUGCAUUGAAGAAAAGGGCAAUCAUUGAAGAACUUCAUGAAAAACAAGAGCAGGUUAAAGAGUGGCUUCAAAAUCUUGGGCUGGGGGAUCAUACACCCAUUGUGCAAGAUGAAGAUGAAGCUGAUGAUGAGACUGUUCCUCUACCGCAUGAGGAAAACUCUUCAGCAAGAAAUAGGGAUGUCCCUUCUAGUGCCGCUUUGCCUAUCAUUCGACCAGCUCUUGGAAGACAGCACUCUAUUUCUGAUAGGGCAAAGGUGGCUAUGCAAGGCUACUUAAAUCAUUUUUUGGGAAACAUGGACAUUGUAAACUCUCGAGAGGUAUGCAAGUUCUUGGAGGUUUCUAGGUUAUCAUUUUUGCCUGAGUAUGGUCCAAAGCUAAAAGAGGAUUAUGUAAUGGUGAGGCAUUUGCCAAAAAUUCAGAAGGAUGAUGAUGAUGAUAAACGAUGUUGUCUAUGCAGCUGGUUUAGUUGUUGUAAUGGUGGCUGGCAAAAGGUUUGGGCAGUAUUAAAACCAGGAUUUGUGGCCCUGUUAGAAGAUCCCUUUGAUUCCAAGCUUUUAGAUAUAAUUGUUUUUGAUGUGUUACCACCUUCUGAUGGAAAUGGAGAAGGUCGGGUUUCACUAGCAAAAGAGACGAAAGAGAAGAAUCCUUUGCGUUUUGGAUUCACAGUCUCUUGUGGAAAUCGGACGAUAAAACUAAGAGUGAGGAGGAAUGCUAAAGUUAAAGAUUGGGUUGCUGCAAUUAAUGAUGCUGGUUUACGGCCUCCUGAAGGCUGGUGCCAUCCUCAUCGAUUUGGUUCUUUUGCACCUCCUAGGGGUCUGACUGAAGAUGGUAGCCAGGUUCAGUGGUUCAUUGAUGGGCAAGCUGCUUUUGAUGCAAUUGCUACUUCAAUUGAAGAAGCAAAAUCUGAGAUAUUCAUUACAGACUGGUGGCUGUGCCCAGAGUUGUAUCUUCGGCGACCUUUUCAUCUUCAUGCUUCUACUCGACUUGAUACGUUAUUAGAAGCAAAGGCUAGGCAAGGCGUUCAGAUCUACAUCCUUCUAUACAAGGAAGUUGCCCUUGCUUUGAAAAUUAAUAGUGUAUAUAGUAAACGAAGGCUGCUUGACAUUCAUGAGAACGUGAAAGUUUUGCGUUAUCCCGAUCAUUUCUCAACCGGUGUAUAUUUAUGGUCUCACCAUGAAAAAAUUGUAAUUGUUGACCAUCAAAUUUGCUAUCUUGGGGGUCUUGAUUUGUGCUUUGGCCGUUAUGAUAGCUCUGCACACAAUAUCAGUGACUUGCCUCCUCUUGUAUGGCCUGGGAAGGACUACUAUAACCCCAGAGAAUCUGAACCAAAUUCGUGGGAAGACACAAUGAAAGAUGAACUAGAUCGUGGAAAAUAUCCUCGCAUGCCUUGGCAUGAUGUCCAGUGUGCCCUAUGGGGACCCCCUUGUCGUGAUGUCGCAAGGCAUUUUGUUCAACGUUGGAAUUAUGCAAAGAGAAACAAAGCUCCAAAUGAAGAAACAAUUCCCUUACUGAUGCCUCAGCACCACAUGGUGAUUCCGCAUUACAUGGGAAUAGGUAGAGAAGAUGUUUCCCAGGAUAGCGAGCGUGACAUGGAUCAUGAAGAAAUUAAGAGAGAGGGCUCUUUCUCUGCCCGCUCAUCAUGUCAAGACAUUCCAUUGCUUUUACCUCAAGAACCGGAAGGGAUAAUAACAUCAAAUGGAAGUGCUAUGAGUGUCAAUGGGUUGGAGAAGAAUCAUAAUCUUGCUGGUCGUCCCCACAAGGCUAACCAUAUUCCUUCUUUCUCUUUUAGAAAGAACAAAAUCAGUCAAUCAGUUCCAGAUAUGCAGAUGAAAGAUUUCGUUGAUGAUCUUGAUUUCCCAUCACAUGAGAGGGAAUCACAUUUUGAUCUAAUAGCACAGUCAGCUAUGCAGAAUACGGAUAACGAGUGGUGGGAGAGACAAGAACGAGGUGAUCAAGUUGUUUCUGCAGAGGAGGCUCGCCAAGUUGGCCCGCGCACACCUUGCCGUUGUCAGAUUAUAAGGAGUGUCGGUCAAUGGUCUGCUGGAACUAGUCAAACUGAAGAAAGCAUCCAUAAUGCCUACUUCUCCCUUAUUGAGAAAGCAGAACACUUCAUUUACAUUGAGAAUCAAUUUUUUAUAUCAGGUCUUUCAGGAGAUGAUGUAAUACGAAACCGUGUUGUAGAAGCUUUAUACAGGCGUAUUAUGCGAGCAGAGAAAGAGAAGAAAUGUUUUAGAGUUAUUGUAGUUAUGCCCCUUUUACCUGGGUUUCAGGGUGGUGUGGAUGACAGUGGCGCGGCUUCUGUGAGGGCAAUAUUGCACUGGCAGUAUAGAACAAUCUGUAGAGGUUCUAAUUCGAUUUUACAGAAUCUUUUUGACAUAAUGGGUCCCAAAGCACAUGAUUAUAUAUCCUUCUAUGGUCUCCGAGCUUAUGGUAAACUCUAUGAUGGAGGCCCUGUGGCGACUAGUCAGGUGUAUGUGCACAGCAAAUUAAUGAUUGUUGAUGAUCGCAUGGUAUUGAUUGGUUCAGCUAAUAUCAAUGAUAGGAGUUUGCUUGGAUCAAGGGACUCCGAGAUUGGUGUGCUUAUUGAGGAUAAAGAGUUUGUUAGUUCAUUUAUGAAUGGAAAGCCAUGGCCAGCUGGAAAAUUUGCUCUUAGUCUUCGACUCUCCUUAUGGUCUGAACACCUUGGCCUUCGUAUGGGAGAGGUCAGUGAUAUCAGUGAUCCUAUUGUUGAUACCACAUACAAAGAGAUCUGGGUUGCGACUGCAAAGACAAAUACGAUGAUAUACCAAGAUGUCUUCUCCUGUGUUCCCAAUGAUCUCAUCCACUCCAGGGCGGCUCUACGACAAAGCACCGCUUACUGGAAAGAGAAACUCGAGCACACAACCAUUGAUUUGGGCAUUGCUCCUCCGAAGCUGGAAUCUUAUCUGGACGGAGAUAUUAAACAGACCGAUCCAUGGGAGAGACUGCAAACCGUAAAGGGUCAUCUUGUUUCUUUCCCACUAGAUUUCAUGUGCAAGGAGGACUUGCGACCGGUUUUUAAUGAAAGCGAGUACUAUGCAUCUCCGCAAGUAUUCCACUAAUCCCUUUACAAUCAAUAGGUAUAUAAUUUAUGGUUUUGUACAAUCCCAGGUAGUAAUAUAUGUACAUUGUGUCCGGUGGACUUACAUCUUGUAAAUGUCUAUGGGGAGGGAGGAUGGACAUAACACAAAGAAGAUAAUAAGCUCUCCUGCAAGCUUGCAGACACAGUUAGGAAAUCAAUGUAAAGUUAGCAUUAAUUUGCUGAACCACAUGAAUAUUGAUUUUUUAUCCAAUAUCAAAAUUUGAAUAGAAAGGAAUUUUCUCACC